UAAUUACAAUUGAAAAAAAAACAAACAACACAAAAAUAUCUUUUAAAUAAACAAAUGGGUUAAAAAGAAUCUUCAAACAGAGAAGUCUUAAGAACUACUUGUGCUAAAUAAACUUACAAGCAAUUUAAAAAAGACUUGCUAUCAAUCAGAAAAGAACUCUAUGGAAUCUAUUAGUUAAAAACAGACAAAUUCAGAUCUGUUGGUGAAGACCUAUGCACUUUUAUUGAUAUUCUUUAGUUAGUAAAAUCUUACAAGACAGAAUCUGAAUACAAAAUUUACUUAAACAGGAUCUCUUAAUACAUCGCUUUAACAAUAAAAGCCAAAGAUUAAUUAUCUUAACUUUUAGAAUCUUCAAUGAAUACUAAUUAGAAAGUUAUCUAAAAAGUGUAACAAUUCGUCUUUAAGCUCCAAAAUUCAAACUAAAACAAAUACUCAGCUGAGUAUUUCUUUGAAUUAGCAUAAGAAUUAGAAAAAUAUAACCAAUAAGAACUCUCUACAUGCCAUUCUGAUUGA